AUGGGCAACGGCCUCUCCCUCUCCCCGUCGUGCCUGCACCUGCCGGCGACGCCCACGGCGGUGCGGCUGGUGUACUGGGGCGGUCAGUCGAGGCAGCUGGUGGUCACGGGCGGCGGCGACAGCGACGCCGUCGUCACGGCCGGGGACGUCGCGGCGGAGCUCCCGGCUCCGGCCGCGGGCCACGCCGUGUGCCCCGCCGACGCCUUCUUCGUCGGCCUCCCGAUCCCGGCCAUGUCCCCGGGCGAGGAGCUCCUGCCGGGCCGCACCUACUUCGUGCUCCCCGCCGCGCGCCUCCCCUGCCUCAAGGCGCUCACGCCCGCCACGCUCGCCGCGCUGUCGUACGGCGACGGCAGCAAUAAUGGCAACGUCAAGAGGAAGCAGACCCUCUUUGCGGUCGCGGGGUGCCCGUUCGAGCACGUCAAGGGCGCCAACGGUGGCGCCCCGCUCAUCAGGGUCCUCCCGGAGUUCAUCGAGAAGCUCAUCACCUGCGACGCCGGUGGCCGCGGCGCGAACGCGAACGCGAACGCGAAGGACAAGGCCAAGGACGCGGAGCUGUGCAGCACGCCCGAGCUGAAGCGGCAUUACGCGCAGCUCGUCGGGACCGGCAGGAGCCGCCCGUGGUCGCCCAGGCUGGAGACCAUCUCCGAGCGCGAUAGGAGCCGGUGGAUGAGGUCGGCGGCGAGGACCAUGCUGUCCUCGCGGUAG